AUGGAGGAAGGAGGCGGCGCUGGUCGCCGCGGCGGCGAGGAGGAGGAUGAAGACGACUGCAGAGACCAAGACCAAGAGACGGCGGCGGCGGCGGAGGCAGAGGUGUACUGCGCGGUGGGGAAGGACGCGGGGAAGGAGUGGAGGGCGAACCUGCGGUGGGUGCUGGGCAACUUCCCCCGGAGCCGCCACCGGCUCGUUCUCGUCCACGUCCACCGCCCGCCGCGCCUCAUCAACAUGAUGGGGGCGUGGGUCCCGGUGAGCCAACUGGAGGAGCACGAGGUGGCCGCGUACAGGAAGCUGGAGGAGGACAGGGCCGGCAGGGCCCUCGACCAUCUCCUCCACAUCUGCACAAGUCAACGGGUCCACGCGCGCAAGGUCGUCGUCGCCGGGGACGACGCGGCGAGGGGCCUGGUCCAGCUCGUCGAGGAUCAUGGCGUCGCCGAGCUCGUCAUGGGCGCCGCCGCCGACAGGGCCUACACCAGGAAGAUGCGUGCGCCAAGGUCUAAGAAGGCGGUGACGGUGCAGCGGAAGGCCAACACCAAUUGUAGGAUCUGGUUCAUCUGCAAAGGAAACCUCGUCUGCACCAGGGAGGCCAGCGAGGAGCAGAGCAGGGCGGAGCCAUCGACGGCGAGCACGAGCCCACGGUCAAGCAUUUCCGACUACUCAAGAUCCAAAGCCUCGCUUCACGGCGACGGCGACAGCGAGCCGUCAGGUAGUAUGCACGACACGGCCACGGCAACCGUGUCUCUUCGCCGGACCCCAAGCAGGGACGGCAGUGACAGCGCGGAGGAUUCCGGCCACGAAGAAGCGGCGGCGGAAGCGGGGCCGUCGGCCGCCACGCGGAGGGUUCAGGAUGUCAACGAAGACCCGCCCACUCCUUCGCACGAUGGUUCAGACGAUGCGAAGGAGAUGGACGACGCGUUGCGCGAGAAGCUCAGGGACGCGAUCAUGGAGGCCAGGAGCCUGAAGCAGGAGGCGUACGAGGAGACUCGCCGGCGGCAGAAGGCCGACCGCGACCUGGCCGAAGCGUCCAGACUGGCAAGGGAAGCGGAGCGCUCGUGGCAGGCGGAGGCGAGGCGCAGGAAGGAGGCGGAGGAGCGGCUGGCCAGGGAGCGCGCGGCCAUGGAGCAGGACAGGCGGGAGCUGGACGCCAUACUGGAGAAGAUACGGGAGGUGGACGGCCGAAGCGCCGAGCUCGAGCUCGAGAUCGCCGGCUCCGAGCGCGCGAUGGGUGAGCUCGGCGCCAGGAUGUCCGAGUCGUGCUCCGUGCUCGACACGCUCCGGCUGGAACGCGGGCGUGAAGAACCUGCGGCAUCCAUGUCCACGGUUGAAGUUGAAGUUGAAGUGGGUAGUGAUCAAGGCCUGGGCUUCUUGCGGCUUGGCUUGUCGGAGCUGGAGGAGGCGACAGACGGUUUCGAUGAGUCAGCUAGAAUCGGCGGUGGCGUGUACAGAGGGACCCUGCGCAGCAUGAGCGUCGCUGUGAAGGUCAUCGCCCCGGACAUCGCUGUCGACGAGGCGCGGUUUGUCCGUGCGGUGGAAGCCAUGGCCAGGGCGAGGCACCCUGGCCUCGUCACGCUCGUCGGCGCGUGUCCAGAGGCCCGCGCAGUGGUGCACGAGCUCGUGCCGGGUGGGAGCCUGGAGGAUCGCCUCUCCGGCGACGCGUCACGGCUGCCGUGGCAAACGCGGUGUGGCGUGGCGUACCGCACCUGCGCCACACUGGCAUUCCUCCACUCGACGGGCACGGUGCACGGCGACGUCCGACCAGCGAACAUCCUGCUCGAGGACGAGCGGUGUUCCUCCAGUAAGCUAGUCGGCCUCGGCAUGCGCAGUCUCGCGGCGCCGAAGGUCGUGGGCGACAUGGCGCUGGCGUACAUGGACCCGCGGUGGCUGGCGACGGGCGAGGAGCCGACGCCGCAGUGCGACGUGCACGCGCUGGGCGUGGUGCUGCUCCAGCUGGUCACUGGCAUGCCGGCGUUCGCGGCGAAGAAGGCGGCGCGGGAGGCCGCCGACGGGAACGCGGCCUGGCACGAGGUGGUGGACGCGCGCGGCGGAGGGUGGCCGAUGGAGCGCGCCACGGAGGUGGCGCUCCUCGGGCUGAGAUGCUGCGACGACGACGGAGCACCGCCGCGUCGGAGCCCGGGAGAGAUGCUGGAGGAGGCGCGGGCCGUGCUGGAAGCAGCGACGAGUGCCGCGCCUGGAAGGACGUGGUCGUCGCUGUCGUCGUCGUCGGCAGCGGCGUCCGACGGCGGCGCCCCGUCCUACUUCCUCUGCCCGAUCCUCAAGGAGGUGAUGAGGGACCCGCAGAUCGCCGGCGACGGGUUCACGUACGAGGCGGAGGCGAUGAGGGAGUGGCUGGGGAGCGGCCACGACACGUCGCCGAUGACCAACCUGAAGCUCCCCUCCGACGAGCUCGUGCCCAACCACGCGCUCCGCGCCGCCAUCCAAGAGUGGCGCCACACCAGGCCGCGCGCGUAGCUCCUCCUGUGGCCGGUUUUUGUGAGAUGUGA